GGCCGGAGCGCCGGCCCCGCCGUCGCCGGGGGCGCCCGUCAUCGAAGAGCGACGCGCGCAGCUCGCCAAGAACGUCGAGAGCCUCUACAGCGUCCCCUGGUACAGGGUCAAAAGCAGCGCUGCGUCGCGCCCCUGCCUCGGACCCGUCCCUGGAGCAGUCCCGCUGCAGUCGGAUUGGAUACGGCGGUUGCAGACGUGUGGCGAGGAGCUCAAGAGAGUCUUCGUCGCCGAGUUCUAUGCGGAUGUAGAGCCCCCCGAUGGCGGCACCGCAACAACCCGCCAGAUCAUCGCCAGCAAGACCACCUGCGCUCUGGACGUGCAGGUCUUCCCCUGCUUCGCGCCUGGAGAGCGUUGCAAAGAUCUCCUGGAUAAGUAUCAACUACAGGAUCGGUUCAAAGUCCAGCGACAGGGACAGAGCGAAUUCUACCUGCUCGUGUGGGACAAGAUGUGGGCCAUGGAAUGGACGGAGCGCGACGUGACAGCCGGCGCCCCUAAUCCCUUCGUGAUCUCUAAGACCUCGCCGAAGGCGGGCUUCUCGGCUGAGAUGGCCCCUGUCUGGCCCCCAGCCCCUGGCGCCGAAGUCUCGGGCACUGACCGCGGCUGCCCCUCUGGCAUAGCCCUGGUCCACUACGACGCCAGGAAGCACGGGCCCUUCUUCGACAGCGACGCCGCCGUCAGAAGACCAACCCCUGGCAAACCUUCCUACAGGGUCGACCGCGCCACAAGGAUGGCCCAGUUCAACGAGGUCAACGCCGCGAUCCGGGAAUUCUUCUCGGCCGGGUGCGAGAGUGCCGCCCUGUGGGGCACCGCCCCCCCGCCCAUAGUCUGGGCGCUCGUCUCCCGACGCGAGGGUCGCGACAGCGAGGCCGGCGCCCUGUCGGUGCCCGCGCAAGGCAUGGCAGCGGACCGACUGCUUGCGCGGGCCUCGGCCGCGCUGGAACGCAUGAUCGACGACCUCGACCAACCCGGUCAGACCAAGGUCGCGGCCUGCAUAGCGGACGCCUACAUGUCGCGCCUCGCCCCAGGAUGGUGCGUGGGGUGCUUCGGCGGCGCCGGCGGCUCCAUGGGCGCCCUUGAGCAGAUCGUGGAGAACUUGGCUCCGGACUGUAGCGACCUGCUCCCACGCUUGGCCGCGCGCCUCGCGCGCGAGGACAAGGUGAAGGGCAGCGCCGCCAGGGAGAUCACCACCGUCGCUAAGUGCGCCGAAACGUACAACGUCCUGGAAGUCGAGGUCACAACCACGGACCAC